AUGUCCUCCUCCCCCGCCCCGCCCCCCGCUCCCGUCGACGCGAAGCCCGCGAAGGAGCAGCCCGAUCGCAGCGGGUACGCGACGAUGAGCGCCAGGACGCUGAAGCGCCUCGAAGACGCCAAGACCGAGCUCGUGAAGCGCAUCCGCGACAAGGCGAACGACGCGCCCGCGCUCCUCGACGACGAGCCGGAGUACCCCGCGGACGCGUCCGACGCCGCGCGGAAGAGGCUCAAGACGUCGCACAACAAGCUCCUCGACGCGCGCUUCGAGAAACUGAGCGACGAGCACGUCACCGAGCCGGCGAUGAAAGACCUCAGGGCGUUCGCGUCCGCGCUCGGCGUGCGAGUCAAGGCGGUCAAGGUUGACGCCAAGGAGCACGACGACAAAUCGAAGCGGAAGUCGCCGCUGAAGCUCGCGCACGUGCUGAUCACCGCGAAGAGCGUGGCGUCGCUGGAGGCGCGCGACCGCGGCGGCGCGGAGGACGACGAGGAAACCGACCUCGGGCGCGUCCCGGUCAUCACACUGGUCCCCACACGACCGCGUUCGCGCGGUGCACGCCGUUCCUCGAGGACUUCGUCCGGCGCUUCUCUCCGCCCAGGGUCCCUCGGUUUCAACGCUCGACCGCGUCGCCUUUCAACUCCGACUGACGCGCCUUUGAACGCCGCCCCGACGUCGCUUCUUCGCGCGGACGCUCGACCCUCAGCGCGCGCGUCGCGGCGCCGGCGUCGGCGGGCGACGUCGACGCCGUCGUGA